AAUAAAAAAUGGACAUGUGAAUUUCUGUAGUAUUCCUAAAAUAUUCAAUACAUUAGCAUUUGUAAUACUUUGUUGGGACUGUAAUACUAAUACUUGAAGGGUAACGUGGAAUGAUCAAUUCGGACAAUGUCAAUAUUUAUAGUUCUACGUUGGCCCACCUUGGCGCUGCAUUCUUAUUUUCAGAUACCUAUAGAAACCUUAUGCAAAAUAUAGUGUAUAGAAUCCAUAUAGCGUGCUUUGAGUAGAAUUUUUUAGUAAUUCAUAUUCUAUUUUCUAUUCCUACGAGUAAUUUUUCAAGGUCACGAAAAUUUGUCCACAGCGAAAAUUAAGAAAUGGCAUAGAGGUUGCUUUUGUGCAUAGAUUUCCUGAAGUCUCUAAACUUGCAACAUCUUAAAUCUGUAAAAAUUUGUUAUUGUUGAAUAAUAAUAAAAACAUUCUAAACCUGGCACCAAAUCCACUUAUCAAAAUGGAAAAGACAGAAAUCGUUGAAGAUAUUGGAAAUUCGUACACAUUGUCGGAUCAGUAUAUGAUUCAAGUAGAAGACAUGGAAGAAGAUCAAGACCAGAUCACGGCAGAAAAUACAGAUGAUUCGAAUCACGACGGCGGUGAUAAACAUGGAGCACCUUUGAGAGAACAAGAUAGAUUUCUGCCAAUUGCAAAUGUAGCAAAAAUUAUGAAGCGUGCCAUUCCUGACACAGGAAAGAUAGCAAAAGAUGCUAGGGAGUGUGUUCAAGAAUGCGUUUCAGAGUUUAUCAGUUUUAUAACUAGUGAAGCAAGUGAUCGUUGUCAUAUGGAAAAAAGGAAGACCAUAAACGGAGAGGAUAUUCUUUUUGCUAUGAGUACACUUGGUUUUGAUAAUUAUGUCGAACCUUUGAAAAUAUAUCUUCAAAAAUACAGAGAGGCUGCAAAGAUUGACAAAGGACCUGGUGAAUUAAUUUAUGAGGAAUCAAUAGAUGAUGGAUAUAAAACUGUACCUAGCGGAAUAAUUGCGACUGAAAAUGCUGGCACUGAGACAGUAAUUUAUACCUAUCAAGAUAAUAUUCAUCAAUUUCAAUUGGCAUGAAUUGAAUGUUUUUUUUGUAAAUAAUAUAUAAAUCGAUUAAGUUUUAUAUUACUAUUGUAUGUAUGUAUUGAAUGAAGUUGUUUGGUUGCAAAUGUAUAUUGUUUAGUUCAUUAAUGAAAUUUUUUCCUUCAAAUUGU